AUGGAUCUCGCCCGCGCGUUGCCGUCCUUCGUAAGCGGCGCCGGGGCCCACAAGUCGGAGGCGGCGCGGCAGGUCCAAGGAAAUGUCGGGGGCGAUCCGCUGGCAUCCUCGCAUGUGGAAGCCUCGUUUUCAGCGGAUGUCGAUGGCAUGGCAGCGAAGCUUCACAUGCAGGACAUGAUGAAUCAAAACACACAGCGUGCCCUGCUGAAGCAGUCCAAGCAAGUUCAACGGAGGAUCUCCCAGUUCCGUGUCGCAAUGCGAGAAAUCACAGGGACGGCCUUCUUUGACGUCAUGAUCGCUUUGCUCGUCCUGGCUGAUACAGCCUGCCUCGUUCUGCAGCAAGAGUGGCAGUCAGAGGAUGGAAGCCUUGAUGAUGCUGAUCUCUUGUUGCGUGGCGCUUCGUCGGCCAUCAUCACAACCUUCGGAGUGGAAUUCCUAGCGCGCUGCAUUGCUCAAAUUGGUCGUGGCUUCUCAUGGAUCCUCGUGAUGGACGGCAUUGUCGUGGUCGGAUCUUUCGUUGAGGUGUUUUGGUCAGCGCUGCAGCCUUCUUCGUCUCCAGCUUUGGUUUGGAUUCGCCCUCUGCGUGGACUGCGCCUCUUCCGAGCGGCUCGUGUCUGCGUAAAGCUGCUCCGGCGCUCUUCGGCGGCCGAGCUCGCGCUCAUGGGCCUCGCCAGGUCUGCUAAGCCACUGCUGCUAAGUUUGGCACUGGUGGGCAUCUUUUUCUUCUUUUCCUCUGUGGUCAUGACUCUUCAGGUCCCCGGUGUAUUGGAGGAGCUUGAAUCGGAGGAUGUCAAGCGAGAAGUGCUCGACACCUUUGGGAACGUGUUCGACGCCACGGCUGCCCUGGUGAGAGCCAUUGCUGGAUCCGACGAGCUCGGCCUGCUCUGCUUGAGACUCUUCAAAGAGUCGGGGCAUGAAAGGCUGCAGAUUGCCCUUUUCCUCGGCACGGUCUUGGCCUUUGUCCUCCUUAUGGGCCUCUGCCUUUCGGGUGUCAUAUGUGGGGUCCUCGCGACCCAGUUGAUCAUCCUUAAAGGUGACGCAGAAGUCGAUGGCACCCACGUGAACUUUCGCAAGAACCAAUUGAUCGUUGGGAGUCUGGACAAGGCUUUCCGAGCCGCAGGCCAUGCCCCUGCUGACAACAUAGACUGGAACGACAUCCUGAGUGCACUGGCCGUGCCGCUGGACAAGGCGACCAGUGUGGAGGCUGAGAGCGAGAAGGUCGCAAAGGAACUGCAAGGGUUGCUGGUUGCGCGGCCAGCAGCCGAUGCUCCAGCUGUUGUCGAAGACACAGACGCAGCGAAGGAUAUGAGCCUGGAGGAAUGGCAGGAGCGGAUGGAGCCGAUGGAAGAGGUUAGUUUGGAUGUCGAUGAGAUCGAGGAGCUCUCGAAGUAUCGCUGCACCCUUCAUGAGCAGGGAGUCAAGAUGGAAGAUCUCAAGUCUGCUUACCACGAGAUGGCGCUCUUUGGUCCUGUCGGAGUGGAAGAUUUCAUCCUGUGCGUCUUUAAACACACGUCGAACGUGACCACGCUCCCCAUCCUUUCGUUCAACCACCAGCAGAACAAGGUGUAUUCCCGGGUGCUUUCUCACGGGCUGUUUGUUGACGAUGGGCUGCGAGAAGUUCA